CGCUCUCCAGCUCCGGAGCGCGGAUCCUCCUGCUACGCGGCUGGCUUUGGAGUGCGGAGUGCCGGAUUGAGAGGGCUCGGUUGCUGAAAAGACCUGGUUGUGUGUAAGGUUUCCAGUUUUCCAGGAAGAACAAUUCCUUGUCUCUCAAGAUGGCGCAUGGGAGUUCUUCCUGCCAUCCUGCUCCUAUCAGUGAAAAAUGCUUUGCAGAUCAGGAAAGUCCUUUGAAUUUGACCAGAACAGCAUUUAAGCACAGAAGGAAAACAGACACACAACAACACAUAGCAAGGAAAGGAGAAGGAAAAGACCCCGGGGUUGUACUGAACAAGACUUCUGGGAAAUUCAUGGGAAAAAACAAUCAAUGCAUCCUGGAAGGGAAACCUUCCAAUGGGGUUCUACAAACUUACUUUUUCAAGGAAUUCUGCUACCAAGAGACUGAUGGGCCUCGGGAACUUUGCAGCAGACUCCACCAUAUUUACUGUCAGUGGCUAAAGUUAGAAAAGCACACAAAGGCUCAGAUAUUGGAUCUUCUGGUCCUAGAGCAGUUCCUGGCUGUCCUUCCUCCAGAGAUGACCAGCUGGGUCCAGGAGUGUGGAGCAGAAACCUGUUCCCAGGCAGUGGCCCUGGCUGAAGGCUUUCUUCUGAGCCAAGCAGAGGGGAAGAAGCUGAAGGAGCUGGUCUUUGGUGGGAUCUCCCAGGAGAAAUCAAUUCUGGACCCAUCUUCAGGUAAAGAAAAUGUCAGGGUUCCGACCAAUGCCCGAAUUAAAUCAUGA